ACUGAUCGUCUUCUAUUCUAGUUCGAUUCUCGACGGAGAAUACUCGACGAGAAAAUCCAGAUCGGGAAUCAACUUAGAGAAGAAGAAAAUUAAAAAAGAGAACUUCUAAAGAUGAAUUUGGGGUUCUUAGUUGGAGUUUUCGGCGUUCUUAUUCUUUCUCAUGCCGCUUAUUCAACAAUCCAAUGUAUAGGAUUGUUGAAGAUUAUGGAGGAAGAGUUUUCUCGACCACCGAUUAAUGUUAUUCUGGAGUUGAUCAUUGGACUAGCUCUGUGUAUGUGGGCUGCUUUGACUUUCCCUGGUAAAUUUCUCUCGAUCCAUCCGGAUUCUGAUGAAAACAGGUUUGUGAUCAUGUUUCUCUCGAACUCUCUGUUUUGCAUCAGUGUUAAUCAAUCUGAAUUCAUGUUAUCUAGUGAGUGUUUUUACUAUUGAAUUUUUCUCUGUUCGUACUUUGUUGAACUUGGUGUAGAGUUACUACGGGUCUUAUAGAAGCAUCUUCUGGCUAGAUUUGGUUCAAUUAUUCAGUUUAAUCAUGGGUGUUUCUAGUGAAUAUGUUUUCUUUUGACUGAGAAGGUUUACGGAUGUGUUGUUAAUCAAUUGAUUCAAAGAACUUGUGCUCUAGAGAUGUUUCGAGGGUCUAGUUUUGAUGUCUCUUUAACUCUCUGUUGUGCAUCAGUGUUUAUCAAUCUGAAACAUGGAAAUUUGGUAGUUAUUAUAUUUCCCGAUGAUUGAAUGACCACCAAAGACUCAUGUUUAUUGAUAAGAAACUGUCGUCUAGAGAUGUUCUAGGUCAAACAUUGAUGUUUCUUUAAUACUUUGUGCAGCUAAGGUUUUCUAAAAUGCAGGACAUUCAAAGGGACAUUUUCUAGUUUAUAUUUGGUCCAGUUACGAUUAUGGGUUUCAAGAGCUUUAACCAGUUCUGCUCCUGGCUAAUUCAAUCAGUUUAUAUUUGUUUCAUUGGCUCUUUAGACCCACUUUGGUUCCUUCUAUGUCGCAGCCUCUCCCCUACCUUUUUGUACAUUAGGGCGGUGUUUUUACCAGAUAAUUCGGAUUUCAUGAUAUUCAAUCACCGUGGCAGACUGUUCCCACCGCAGAUCGACAUGAAGUUUUGAAUUUUUAUCACACUGCUUAGUCAAACACUGAUCUGUGUAAUGUUAUGAGAUGUUUCCAUUGAAAUUCUACUCUAAGUAACUACUCUGCUUUGCAUCAAUUUUUGAUUCUUGAAACGAGUCUUGUGAUGUUUCUGUGUGUCA